AUGCUGCAUUAUCGACCUUUCACUCAAAUACUUAAGCAAGCCAUUGCUGUAGACAGACACUUGACAUUUAUCAGACCAUUUGCCUCAUUAACGACGACUAUUAACCAUGCUAAAUCAAGCACCAAGAAAGAUACCUCUGCUACAGAUACACUCUCCAAUCGACAGAAAUUUAAUCAGAUCCAGCCCCCCAUCAAGCUCUAUGAGAAGCUUGAAAAAUUGGGAUUUGGCACUCUUUUGAAAACCAAGCGCUACUCGGGUUUGCACAAACAAAAGGCAAGACGAGAUCAGCAACGUCAACAGUACACAGAACGUGUAGGACCUCCUCCUGAGCCGAAAUAUGCUUUUCCUCUGCUUUCAUUUUUUGCAGGAGCCAAAGUGCCUACAUCAUUCCCACCUGAAUCAUUAGAUGAAAUUGCAUUUGUUGGUCGAUCCAAUGUCGGAAAAUCCAGUUUAAUCAAUAGCGUAGCUGAAUCGAGCGUUGUCAGAACAUCAGAUAAGCCGGGUUUGACACAGCAGAUUAAUUUCUACAAUGUUGGUACACUCUUUCAUAUGAUUGAUAUGCCUGGCUAUGGUUUCGCCUUUGUAGAUGAUGCAGAGCGAAAGCAAUGGAGAGAGUUGAUGGAAACAUACAUUACAAAACGAAAAACAUUGAAGCGAGUUUAUGUGGUACUCGAUGCUCGCCAUGGCGUCAAAGUGGCAGAUGUUGAUUUCUUCAAAAUGCUCAACAGCAAACAAGUUAAAUUCCAAGUUGUCUUGACGAAAUGUGAUUUACUAGUGUUGCCCAACUUGGCUAAGCGUAUUGUCACAGUGGAAGAUCAUAUUAAGCAGCUUCGAAAUGCAGUGAAAGAUGUGGUUGUGGUUAGCUCAAAAACAGAUGCUGGCAUCAAUCAAUUCCGAAAAGAGAUGCUCUUUUUGAUGGGUCAUUUACAACCCAAAGAGUUUUACCAAGCAAUCCAAGCAGCCAAAGACGAAAAGGAGGCUAGAAAAACCAAAAGCCUAAGCUUCAAGAAAUGA